GUUAACGGUACACCAGCGUCCGUGUCAUGGUGGCAGACACGUAGAUAACAACCGAUAACCAGCACAGGGCGAUAACAUCUUUCCCAUUUAUGUGACCAUGAUACGAUACCUGCCCCAAAGGGCCGGGCAGUAGGUACAGUGUAAGCCACGUCUCAACACAUCUGAUUACCCAGAUCGAUAGUCAGAAAUAACAAGUGAUCUGAGACGCGCCCAGAACGCUACGUAUAACGCCACCUGUGUAAUUGAAUCUGUCUCAUCCGGCGGCAUAGCUUUCAUGUUACAGGUGUAACAUGAUGUUGUAACGACUAUGUUGGAACAGAUGCUAACACUGCCAUAUCAAGAAUGGUUGACAUAAUGGACUUCGUCACUUAAAUGGUGAGGCCAACUACUUUUCGACCGACCCUCGUGAAAGCAAAAUGUAAAAUAUGACCUCGGACAAUCAGUAUUACACGAGAUGUUUGCUAAAAUGAAGUUCCCUGUUUUACCUGAGGGUACUUGUCUUCAGAGAAGGCUACAACCACAGUAGAAACCGUGUUCACGGUUCAGUGUGAAGGACUUACAUAUUGUUAACUGGUAUAUUCGUACAGCCGAGGACUGUUUGUUAAGCCACAGCAAAAACUGACCCCUGACCAAUCAACUCUCAACGAUUUUUUCUUCAUCCAAUCAGCUGCUACAGCACAGAUAUGCGUGAUCAAGUCAUGGCGUGUUUUGGAGGUUGUGUAGAAGAGACAAGUCCAUUCCAUUCCACUGCCGAGGAACACAAAGAAGCGCGUCUGCGCGACAAACAGCUGACCAAGAUGUUGUCAAAGUAUCAUAAAGAUGAAAUGAAACGAUUAAAGCUUCUUAUGCUAGGUACUGGCGAAUCCGGUAAAAGCACAAUCACGAAGCAAAUGCGAAUAAUACACAUCAACGGUUUUGAUAACAGGGAGAGAAUGUCAAAAAUUGUUGACAUCAAGAGGAACGUCAGGGAUUCCAUUCUGGCAAUAUUAAUGGCAAUGCCGCAGUUGGACAUAUCUCUACAUGAUGAUGAAAACCAGAAGAGUGUGGAUCUCCUGUUGGAGGAGGCACAGGACGCAGACAGGCCGGUUUCAAGCGAUUUCCUGACACAUACAGAAAUUCUGUGGAAGGACAAGGGUAUCCAGGAAAGCUACAGUCGUUGUAACGAAUAUCAGCUAUUGGACUGUGCAAAAUACUUCUUGGACAAAGUCAACGAAAUCCGAAACCCCGAUUACCUCCCUUCUGACCAGGAUAUCCUCCGUUGUCGAGUCAUCACAACAUGCGUGCAACACAUAGAUUUUUCAGUCAACGAUUCCGGUCAACAAGUGCAGUUCAGUGUUUACGAUGUUGGGGGACAGCGAGGAGAGAGGAAGAAGUGGAUUCAGAUGUUCGACAGUGUCGUUGCCAACGUCUUUGUUGCUGACGUUAGCAGUUUUGACCUUACGUUGAGGGAAGACCCUGAGAAGAAUAGGUUGCUCGAGGCACUGGAGAUCUUUGAACAGGUCUGGAACAACAGGUUUCUGAGGCACGUUUCUUGUCUCCUAUUUUUGAACAAAAUCGAUAUUUUGGCGGAAAAAGUAUCCCGUAACCACACGCCCCUUGAACUCACAAGAAAAUAUCCACAUGUUUUUCCUGACUAUGAAAAAUUCGAACCAACGCCCAAUGAGAGACUGGACUUCAUCAACUCUUUCCCAGGCAAUGACGAAGUACCGAAAAAACGGAACAAAAAAACGUCUCGAACUGACGUCGACCCUGGCACCAUCAAAGCAGCUGUGUACAUCCGCAACAUUUUCAUGAGAAUCGUGACGGGGGACCUGAGGUUGCGUCAGUGUCUUCAAGACCAAGAUCCAGACUGGCACCAGUUCCAUACGUGCCAAUAUUACUACACAUGUGCCGUCGACACACAAAACAUCACAAAGGUCCUCGAGGGCUGUCGUUCUUUGAUUAUAAGGAAACACCUGGAGAGGUUUGGUAUCAUAUAGACUCCACACACAGGUGAUUCACCAUCAUCGGCACUAAAAAGCUAUUUAACUCAUGGACAUCAUUGGACAUCGAUCGAGUUAUACGAUGUUCGAGACAAGCGGAUUGUAAAGAUCAUGCUGGGCCAUAAGAUAAAGGUCUUAAUGAUAUAUCGAAUUCUCGAAGUUCGAGAUACCCAGGUGAUGUACAGCGGACUGCAAUGAUUCACGUAACCAUGUCUGCAUAUGCCUUGUGCUUUCGCCAUACAACCUACACACAGACGGAUAUGUGUCUGGAACGAAGCAAGAUGAACACCUCGACAGACUAUUUGAAUCCUGAAUGACAUAUGAAAUGACCAGCGUAUGUGUGAGAUAUUCAGAUCUAAGUGUGCUUAGAACCAGAAGGCCUCGCCAUAGACAUCAUUAUUGGUAUAGUGCCAUCAAUCACUUCGUUAUGGUCAAAUCAGGUUCUACGUGAUCAUGACGUCAUCAUGUGCUUUACGGACUUCACGAACUACGUCAUCAUGACGUCAUCAACCUUGUAUAGAUCUGACAAUACUGCCGCUACUGUGGAAGUAACGCAGUUGACUCGUCUUUCAAAAAGCGAAUAAUAUCGUUUGUUAUCUUGACUGAACUAUUGUGACUUUGUUAAUACAACCAUGACUAUUGUAUAUAACCCAAGGCUGUGAAAUUAUGUAUAUAAGAAACUUACAUUUCCAUGUAGAUGUUUAUACUUUUACCACUCUGAUUUGCUUUAUUUGCAUACAUAUUACCUUCACUGAAUUUUGCCAUGCAUAGAAAAUGAAAACAUUAAUGAGUUAGAAAGACAAUGCAUAUAACAAUCUAUAGCAUUAUGUAUUGAUUGUGAGCAGCUAAUUCUUUUGAUGAACGAGUGAAGGAAAGCGAAAGUCAUAUCAAUGAAAAAAAGGUGAAGGAAGCCAUCGACAGCAAAACGUUGUCGGUUGAGCUUUGAGAAUCUUGACAUUGUGUUUAAACGGUUACUGAACAAUGGCCAUCUACUACAACCAAACCCCAUAGAAAGGGGCUGUCGAUUUGCUAUUCUGGACUAGGAGAAAAUUGGAUAUACAGCUUCAAAUACAAGUAUUGUUUUAAAUUGAUACCAUAAGUCUGAUAAAUGAAAUAAAAACAUCUCGUAAACAUUCAUUUUUUUUUCAGCAACCUGAUGCAUAAUAUUUUUAGAAUUUGUGAGACAAUUUAGAUCUUUUGGCAUAAAAUCCCACGUCCGAAACCCACGGAAACCAAAUGGUCGGGCCUUAUAUGGAAAUGAAUGUGAUAAAAUCAGAAUGCAAAUAUAUCGUGGUCCUAUACUGAGACCUUUUACUAACGCAUCGUUCUUGCUUCAGAGACCGUGUCUGUCAGAUAUGUCGCUUAGUAUAUUAAUACUAUGAAAACAACUUAAUUCGAAAGAUUUUGACAUGUAAAGACAGAGGUGUUCAAGUAUCAACCCUAUGAAUCGUAUCCAGGUGUUCUUUCGCGGUCACGUGACCAGGCUACGACCUGUCCUAAAAUUCAAAAAAUUAAUACAAUACCCUAUCGUUAGCCAUCAUAAUAGUAUUUUAGUAUGUGAUUUGUUUAGACAGUUAUUGUUGUUAACAAACAAAAUUCAUAGCUUAAAUCCUUCAGACGUUUGUGCGACCGAAACAGCUGUGUUAUGGAGACUGCCAUUGUUUAUAUUUAAAUUGAGACAUAAAACACAAUUACACCAACUUGCUUCGCGUACACACCCUGGAUUUUCAAUUUACAUAGCACGUGGCUUGUAAUAACCGUGAAUACAUGUGUCUGUUUUCAAUAAGUUAUGCUAUUAUAUUUUCAAAAUCAAUUCACCACUUAUUACAUUAAUUCAUUAAAUCAAGGCAAUGGGAGUCCUUUCUCUUUUUCCUGUCAUUUCAGGAUACGGUUGGGUUGUUAUUCCUCAUGCUCCGUUUUCAAUGUGGAAUCACUUUUGUUAGUUUUUUACUGAUUUUAUCAUAAUGCUAAAUAUGCUUGGCAUUUCUAUUUCGUUCUGUUUCUGUAAUAAAAUCAGUUAAUACAGACUA